AUGCCGAGAGGUGUUGAGGACGUAUCUAAACGUGAUAAAGGAGGCACCAAAGUCCUCCCACAAAGGUCCAAGACCACCAAAGGAUCCUCUGCGCUGUCCAUUACAAGCCCACCCAGAGUAGCAAUUGUGCCUGGAAAAAGUGGAAAGGGCGACAAUACCGUACGGCGAGAGAAGAGCAUGAAAGGACUGUUACGACCGUCUCAUGGAGCAUUCGGUAUCCAAAAGCCUGGCAAACAACAGCCACCGAUUGAAGUUCCUUCGGACCCGCAAGCCAACGAGGGGUCCUCAGCUACCAAGGAUCACGGAUCGUAUAUAGAAGCUACGGACAAGAAUACGCACCAGCAGGGCAUGGCUGACCGAGGAGGCGCGCUUGCGCGUUCUUAUGAAGAGCAUUCGCGCUUACAGGCAGACCUGGAUGACAGUGGUCCUGACAGCAGUCCACCUCAUAGCCCAAUGCUUCCUAUAUCACCUAUCGGGGCCCCGGAGAACUUUUAUGCAAAUCUUAGUCCACUGCAAUCUGCCCCAGAGUCUUGGACAACGGACCGAGGCAAUCUGGAAGAUCAGGUCCUCGAACUACAAUCCAGAGUUCACAGUCUCCAAAGCGAUAUAGCUGACCGUGACAACUAUUGGAAAGCGCAGUGGGAACGCGAAAGUAGAGAGCGAAUCUACGAGCGGAAUGCUCUGGCUGAAGAUCUUCACACAGCCCAGAAAGAUGCACUUGACAAACGGAAGCAGCUUUUGGAUCUCAAGCAGAGUAUUUCGUCUUUGACUCAUAUUGAGAAUCAGGUCACUGAUGGAGAGGUCGCUGAACGCAUGGAUGGCCUAUAUCAUCGAGUCAGAAAUUGGGUUGUUAGUAACUACCGCAGAUCACAACCAGACCUUGCCUGCCUCUCUAAUGUACAUCUUCAGCGCCUGUCAAACUGUGUGCCACGAUAUCAGGAUCUCGAUCUUCGCACUUGGAAGAUAAGCGUCUAUCAAGCUAUGGUCAUGCGUGAACUUAUUUAUAUUUUUCAAGACGAACAUUGCUACGGGCUACCCCACGAUGGAAUACUUGGUCAGGUACGCACGUUGGCACAAGAAUUAAGAUCCACUGGACUCGAAUAUCGAAAAUGGCAUAGUGGAACUGUCGAGCUUCUUCUUCGCACUUCUCCUGACUCACUCGUUCAAAAUACCAAAAAUCUGGCAUUGAAAAUGGCCGACGAUCUCCUCGAUAUUUUACACGCCAUAUCUUCUGUUGAGGCAACAGAUUCUGCUCAUAUCGCUCUUCAUAAUAUUAUCAUGGAGGCGAUAGGGAUAUCGAGGCUUCUCCGCGUCCAGAUUCCGCUAUACAGUGUAUUUUUGCCUCGCGAAGAGCAAUUCGAUGCGGCAAAUAUGCAGCUGACUGACGAGCAGGACGAGGAGGAUGAGCAGAAGCUUAUUGCGUUGGCGGUGACGCCCUGUGUACAGAAGAUUAGCGAAGAAACGAAUGACGGAUCCCUUACGAAACGAACCAUUCACAAAGCCAAGGUUGUCUGCCUGCCAUGUUAA